AUGAGGCAAUCAUGAAUAAGGACCUCACCGGCGCUGACGAUGACGUCAAGAAGUACUAUACCCUCCAACGAAAACGAAUAUUAGCUUGGCUUGAGCAAGAAUUGGCGGGUCCGACUCCGACUCCAACUCCAACUCCGGCUCAGGCUCCAGCUCCGGCUUUAUCUUCAGCAUCUGUCCCUGCAACAAUUGACCUUGCAGAAUGA